AUGCUUCACCUGGCCUCCACCUUUCACUUCCUCAAUGCCACCCUGCAACUGUCCCCGUACUUACAAUCCGUCUUGAAGCCUGUCGAGUCCGCCGAAUCCAUCCACAAGCGACAAGCGACUCAGCCGUUUAACGACGACUACAAUGGGCCCAUAUACACCUCGCCUCCGAGUUACCCGUCGCCCUGGGGGUCAGGCUCUGGGAAUUGGAGUGCGGCAUACGAAAAAGCCCGGGCUUUCGUCAGUCAGUUGACUCUGCUCGAAAAGGUCAACCUCACCACUGGCGUUGGUUGGGAGUCUGAGAGUUGUGUCGGAAAUGUUGGGUCGAUCCCUCGUAUCGGGUUUCCCAGUCUUUGCAUGGAAGACGGACCCUUAGGUGUCAGAAAUACCGACUAUGUCUCUGCCUUUCCCGCAGGCAUGAAUGUUGCUGCGACAUGGGACCGCAAUCUUGCCAGACUCCGUGGGGAGGCUAUGGGUGCAGAGAACAGAGCCAAAGGUGUUGAUGUCCAGCUCGGCCCCGUCUGCGGUCCGUUGGGCCGCUCCCCUGAAGGUGGAAGAAACUGGGAGGGCUUUAGUCCCGACCCGUAUCUGACCGGGGCUCUCAUCGGUCCCACGAUCCAAGGUAUUCAAAGCCAAGGCGUCAUUGCGUGUACAAAGCACUUCAUUGGCAACGAGCAGGAACAUUUUCGUCAAGUGGGUGAAUCGCAGGGUUACGGAUGGAACAUUACAAGCUCCAUCAGUGCCAACAUUGACGACAAGACUAUCCAUGAGCUUUAUCUUUGGCCUUUCGCCGAUGCGGUUCGAGCAGGCACCGGCUCAGUCAUGUGCUCCUACAAUCAAGUCAACAAUUCUUACGGUUGUUCUAACUCGUACACCCUGAACCACCUCCUGAAGAACGAACUCGACUUCCAAGGCUUCGUCAUGUCCGACUGGCAAGCUCAACACUCCGGUGUCGGCACAGCUUUGGCUGGCCUUGAUAUGAGCAUGCCUGGUGACACUUUAUUCAAUUCCGGCUAUAGUUUCUGGGGCACCAACUUGACCAUCGCUGUGAUCAAUGGCACUGUUCCAGAAUGGCGAGUUGAUGACAUGGCUACCAGAAUCAUGGCAGCCUAUUACUACGUUGGCCGCGACACUCACUCGGUACCCACUAAUUUUUAUGCUUGGAGUCAAAACACCUACGACAAGAUCCACCAAGCUGAUCCCAACUCUCCCAUUGGUCUUGUCAACCAACAUGUCAACGUGCAGGACGAGCAUCGUAACGUUAUCAGACAGGUUGGCCAGGCUUCCAAUGUUCUGCUCAAGAACACCGGCGGGCUGCCGCUGACCGGCAAGGAGAGGCAAGUCGGCAUUUUCGGUUAUGAUGCUGGAAGCAACCCCUGGGGUGCCAAUGGCUGCCCAAAUCGAAACUGCAACAACGGAACUCUGGCGAUGGGCUAUGGUAGCGGGACAGCCGAGUUUCCUUAUCUUGUGACUCCGGAACAAGCUAUCCAGCAAUAUGUCCUGACUCAAACCGACGGUGAGGUCUUUGCCAUCCUCGACAACUACGCCGAUACCCAGAUCGAAAAUGUGGCCAGCCAAGCUGACGUUGCACUUGUCUUCGCCAACGCUCAGUCAGGAGAGGGAUUCAUAACUAUCGACGGAAACACUGGUGAUCGCAACAAUCUGUCUCUUUGGGAAGGAGCAGACCGAUUGAUUAAUAACGUGACCAAAUAUAACAAGAAUGUCAUCGUGGUACUGCACACCGUCGGUGCCGUCAAUGUUUCGACAUGGUACGACAACGAAAAUGUCACCGGCAUCAUCUGGGCUGGUCUACCGGGACAAGAGAGCGGCAAUGCGAUUGUGGACGCCCUGUAUGGUUUCAUCAACCCUGGUGGAAAGCUUCCAUUCACCAUUGCCCGCAACCGAGAGGACUACGGGACCGAUGUCUUCUACGAGCCCAACAACGGCCAAUUCAACGCCCCGCAGGAUCUCUUCUCCGAGGGCGUCUUUAUUGAUUAUCGUUACCUCGAUGCUCAUGGUAUUGAUCCCGUCUACGAGUUUGGAUUUGGUCUGAGUUACACCACCUUUGAAUACUCCAAUUUGGUCAUCACUCCGGCCAAUCCAGCCCCAUAUACCCCGACCAGCGGCCAGACCGGCCCUGCUCCUGACCUUGGGAAUGCAAGUACCGAUCCUUCGCAGUAUCUCUUCCCUAACGGAACCAUUACCUAUCGACCCCAGUUGUACAUCUACCCAUAUUUAAACUCGACCGAUCUGCAAGGGUCGGCCGACGACCCCGACUACGGUCUCCCGGCGGACGAGUAUGUCCCGGCAGGCGCAACAGAUGGAUCAUCUCAACCUCUACUGCCAGCAGGCGGUGCCCCAGGUGGCAACCCAGGCCUCUAUGAAAUUGUUGCGACCGUGACCGCGACCAUCAUCAACACCGGGAGUGUUGAAGGUGAUGAGGUCCCGCAAUUAUAUGUCUCACUGGGAGAGGGAGAACCGCCGAAGGUCUUGCGCGGGUUUGAUCGUCUGACCAUUGCGCCUGGUGCAUCGGCAACUUUUACCGUGGACCUGACUCGCCGCGAUGUCUCCGUAUGGGACACUACCGUACAGAACUGGGUUGAAGUGAGCAAUCCCACCAUCUACGUUGGCGCCUCAAGCCGAAACCUACCUUUGUCCGGCAUUCUGUCAGCCGGCGGGUCGGGAAGCCCUUCUCAACCAUCCGCGCCUGGUUGGGGUUCUUCGAGCUUCACUUGGAGCGGAGGUUACGGGCAUCCUACUCCUAGUGUCUCACCUCCGGUUAGCCAGAUCUCCGAUGGUCAACCACAGUUUCCAACACGGCCUCCAGUGACUCAGGUCUCAGAUGGUCAGCCACAAGCCACGACGGCCUAG